UUCAGGGAUUGAUGGAUUAACAGUUCAUCCGCAAUUCACGCCCCCAGCGAUCUCACUCCCCUCCACCACCUUUCCCUCAUCCAUUUCUCCAAUCCCCGGAUUACCACACGACCCUUUCCCUGCCCUCAACUUUCUCUACCAAACCUCAUCAUAUUCUUUUCUCGCUACUUCCCCAUCUGGAAUCUGUUUGACAAUUUUACCAAGAUAACAUUUCUUGCAUUUCAUUGUGUAAAGCCAGAAUCUUUUCAUGAAACCUUCGUAUCUCCGUGUAUGCAAGAGAGAUUCUUGAUUUGAUUUGCCUCUGUGAUUUGUGGGCUUUGUUUUUCUUCUUCUGUGGAUGUCAUUGGCUGCCGGGCUGGCGUCAAGCUCAGAGAACAUGGGGUUUGAUGAGAAUAAGGGGGAAGAGAAACAGGCGGAGGAGGAGGUCACUGCAGUUUCUGAGACCAACAAAGUUGCAGAUUCGGACGCUGAGACCGACAAUGAAGCUCCUGUUGUAGGGCGGCAUAUGAGUGAGAGUUCCCUUUACACUACCGAGGAUGAAGAGGAGGAAGACUCUGCAAAUAAGAUUCAGUUGGGUCCUCAGGUUACCCUGAAAGAGCAAUUUGAAAAGGACAAGGAUGAUGAGAGCUUGAGAAGGUGGAAGGAGCAACUUCUUGGGAGUGUGGAUAUCAAUGCUGUAGGAGAAUCUUUGGAUGCGGAAGUGAAGAUACUGAGCCUUUCUAUCCUUUCACCGGGCAGAGAACCUAUUGUUCUACCAAUUCCUGAGGAUGGAAAUCCUCAUUGCCCGUGGUUCACAUUGAAAGAAGGAAGCCGUUACAGCUUAAAGUUUGCAUUCCAAGUCACCAACAACAUUGUUUCUGGUCUCAAAUACACAAACACAGUCUGGAAAACAGGCAUGAAAGUGGAUGGGUCAAAAGAAAUGAUCGGGACCUUUAGUCCUCAAAUAGAGCCGUAUACUCAUGAAAUGCCAGAAGAGACUACUCCCUCUGGACUCUUUGCCAGGGGAUCCUACUCAGCCAGGACAAAGUUCCUUGAUGAUGACAAUAAGUGCCAUCUGGAGAUCAACUAUACAUUUGAAAUCAAGAAAGAAUGGCCAGCAACAUAGAUGCAGUCCUGUGAAACUUUAAAUUGCUGCCUGAGACAUUUCUUCCUUUUUUGCUUUUUGCACUAGUAGUUAAUUAUGUUGUCUUUUCCACUGAUUUUUCUGGAGAGGAAAGGGGAAACUCUUGAUGAACUUGAUAGGAGUGCCAGAGCUUAAUAGCUCAUAGUAAGCUAGGUAUUUGUUUUGUUUAAUAAUGCUGAGUUUUGGACCAUCAAGUUUUGAUAAAUCUUUCUUUUCCAUCGAUGAAGCACCGAAAGUCCGAAACUUACCAAGUCUUGCAUUUUUCCGUUUCCAAAACUCCG